AUGUCUCCUCAUGGCUCAAGUGCCUCUCUCCAGAGGCGCAUCCUAGAGGCACAAAGCCACAUGCAUACCAAGUACCACCCAUACAGAAAGCAAGCAGCCCCACCCCCCCUGGAGCUUCGCUUUGCUGCAAGAACCACUGAUUUGUCACUGGAAGAUGUACACAAGGGACAUGACUUUCUACAUCAUGGUUUGUCACAAUUGCCUGACAAUGUUCUUGUCAAAGCCAUACUUGCAAAGCAUGCAUUCUGGGAUUGUAUAUCACAGCAGGUCUCUCAGACCUUGGCAGAGAUAGAGUUUAUUGAGCAGCAGAGGGAUUUAUUGACUGAAGUUCACACAGCAGCUUUGGAAACUUGGGCAACUGCUGAAAUGCAGUUGGCAAUGUUGAUGGAUAUUUUCAACCAACAUGACCUGCAGGAUGCCAAAGAUGACAUGGCAUUUUACCAUGCUGUAUAUGCUGAUGAACUUGUCACAUUCACAAUCGCAGCAACUCAGAUGGAACAGUUGGAAUCUUUCAUGGAUGAGAGGUUGCCAUCCCCUGACAAGCAUGUCAAGGACAACCCUGACCAUGACGAUGAUACUUGUGGGAUGCUGUUCACAGGGUUACUAUCCUCUGACAAUGAUGAGGCUGAAUAA